UCAAUGAUCAUGUUAAUAGAUCAACAUAGCAAAUAACAAAAUCCAGAUUGCUAACCAAAUUCACAAAUGACAUUACUGGCUUCAUUCAUCAACAACACCCUUCUCAACUCCACCUUCCUUUUUCCAAACCCUUGAUUUCAAUUCACCGAUUCCCUCACUCAUCACCGCGAUGGCGACGGAGAGAUUCUCUUCUCCGCCAUCCACAUCGCAAGAGGAAAACGCUCUCUUUCUCGAUAUACUUCAUGAAGCUCCUUUGUUCGCUCAUCGCAAGCCUGCAAGAAUCGUUGGGAGUGUUAUCUAUUGCAUACUAUUGGCAAGUUAUAUUACUUUGGCUGUUGGAGCUCAAUGGAUAUUUCGUCCCGUGCAAGGAUUGAUUUCUCCGGUGUUAUGUAGUUGUGAUGUUCUUCUUAUGCUGUUGACAGGAAUCUUUCAACAAUAUCUAGUUUAUCAAGUGCAUAAGAUACGGUUGCAGGGCUAUUAUAGUUUCAGCCAGAAGUUGAAAUUUAUUGUUCGCAUACCCUUUGCCAUUACAGCUUAUGGUACUGCUGCAAUGCUACUUGUUAUAGUCUGGAAACCUUACACUGGUUUUCUGUCAAUCUCUGCAAUAUUGAGGAUUAUUAUGGUAGUCGAAGCAUUAUGUGCUGGAUGUUUUAUGAGCCUUUAUAUUGGCUACAUACACCAGUACAAUUCAUUAAACUCUCAUCCUGAUGUUUUGAAGUCCUUAUAUUCACCACUACAACCAGCAAGUUCUUUGGAGGGUCUAAGGUACCAUGAUGGUAGGCUCUCUGAUCAGCAAAUGGCUUUGUUGCAAUAUCAGCGUGAAAAUCUUCAUUUUUUGAGUGAGGAGAUUCUUCGUUUGCAAGAGUCUUUAAGCAAAUAUGAACGAACUGAGGAUCGGAGCACACCUCAGGUUGACCUUGCUCAUCUACUAGCAGCUCGUGAUCAAGAAUUGCGUACAAUUUCUGCAGAGAUGAACCAAAUGCAAUCUGAACUAAGGCUUGCGCGGUCUUUAAUUGCUGAAAGGGACUCAGAGACCCAACGUGUCCGCAUGACCAACAAUCAGUAUGUAGAAGAGAAUGAAAGACUCAGAGCUAUUUUAGGAGAAUGGAGCACCCGAGCUGCCAAGCUUGAGCGAGCACUGGAGACCGAGCGAAUGUCAAAUAUUGAAUUACAAAGGAAGAUUUCAGCUCUAAGAAGCCAGACACAUAUGUCAGCAGAAGCAAAUGAUCAAGGCGGUUAAUUCACUAAGUAGUUCAUGUGGAGCAUUUCACUUCGUUCUCUCUGUUAAAAACAUGCAGUGAAUUUGUAUCCGCAGAACCAUCACUCUUGUGUGGAAAUCCAUUGUACAUAUACUAUAUCAGUUUCAAACAGGGUUUAACUUUUGUAGUCAUUGAGGCAAAUAUGUUCAUCUUUUAAUUUCUUUUCUUUCUA